AUGAAAUUAAUUCUCCUUUCGUUGUGCUUAUUGCUGUUGACUAGCGAGUAAAAUUGUCAUUAUAGCUGUUUAUCUUGUGAUUCUGGUGAUAAAAUAAAGUGCAAGACUUGCGAUGAAAAAACAAGAAUUUUUAGAGACGGGAAAUGCGAAUGCAAAGAUGGAUUCGUAGAAAUGUAAACUUUAUAAUCUUCUGAAUGCCUAUAGUGCUCCUAAAAUUGCAUUAAAUGCGACAUUAGUCAAAGGAAUCACUGUUUGAGUUGUGGAGAUACUACUUAGAACUUUAGAGAAUUAAAGAACGAUGAUUGUGUGUGUAUAGCAGGUUAUCAUGCCGUACCUUAUUAAUAUGCGUGUGAAUCAGAUGAAUGGGAUCAACGAUUAUAUACUUUUAAAUAUAAAAUUGACACUAAUAAAAAAUAUUGGAAUUAAGUCGUAAAUUUCUUUGACAAUACUGGAAUAUAGGACUAAUUAAUUAACCUGAUAAAGAAAUCAUAUUUAUAGGAUACUUAAGAGAGUUCUGUUUAAAAAUAUUACUUUGAUUUAGAAAAUAAUUAAAAGAAAUUUUUUUACAGAGAUAAGAAUCCUAUCGGUGAGUACUAUUAGUAAUUGGAUUAAAAUGUAUUUGCAGUUGGAUAUUUACAACCAAAAUCUCCAUAAAGUAUUUUAUGGGGUUAUGGUUCAACUGAAGUAGGAUGGGAAAGCAAUGUCUAUUUUACCAGCAGAACUUUAGAUGUGUAAUGGAAUACAAGAUUGUUUUAAUAUUUAAAGUACGGUUAAUUAUUUAUUCAAACAAUAUUAUCGGAAUAACUUUAAAUCACGAGUAGAUUAUUAAGUGAGGACUAUUCUAAAUUCAAUAUGAUUUACUUUUUUUACAUUGGUUACAAAGUGAAUAGAUUUUUGAACACUUAUGAACUGGAACUAUUGAUAGAUAAAUUAAUGAAUUUAGUUAAUGGGUGCAAAUCCUAUUGUUCAGAUUGUUUAUUCUAUUAAAAUUAAUAAUUUUGUUAGAGUUGUGAUUUGAAUAGAGAAAAUAAUGCCGGAAAUUGUAAGUGUAUAUACGAAACAAAUGAUUAAGCAAAAUGUUUUUCUCCAUGCAAUCUUGAGAGUUGUGUAACAUGUGUGAAUGGAGUGUGUGUAAAAUGUCCUGAUGGAUAAUCUCCUCCUUGCACAACCCCAAUUAUUUAAUGUGAUGAUGGAUUUUAUUUAGAUAAUUCUAAAUGUGUAUUAUGCGAAAGUCCAUGUAUUAAAUGUUCAUCUAAAACAGUAUGUAAUAAAUGUAUGGACUCAUAUUAUUUGGAUUCUACAAAUACAUGCUAAUAAUGCAAGAGUCCAUGCAAUUUUUGUCAAAAUGACAGUAAUUGUACAACUUGUGUAUAAAAACAUUUUUUUCUAGAUCAAAAAUGUCAUUCAUGUACAAUGAUAGAUGGUUGUGAAGAUUGUUAAGAAGAAAACAAAUGUCUCACAUGUAUCCGAGGAAAAUAUAGAGAUGAUUAAUAUUAGUGCAAAAAUUGUCUAAACAGUUGUGUUAGUUGUACUGGAUUAAACUAAUGUUUAGAAUGUAAAGAUGGAUAUUACAAUACUUUAGGAGAUUGCAAAGGAUGUCCAUCAAUUUGCUCUAGAUGUCUGAAUAGUUCUUAAUGCACUAAAUGUGUAUAAGGGUAUUUUUUGAAAUAAUUAAAUUGUUAACCAUGUGCUGCUGGUUGUGCAUCAUGUUUUGAUAAUAAAGAUAAUUGUUUUUUGUGUAAUAAUGGAUAUCUAUUAAUGAAUAAUUCUUGCGUAUAAUGCUAAAGUCCAUGCAAGUCAUGCGAUAAAAAUAUUACUAAAUGUAUUUCAUGUGUUGAUAAAUAUUAUCUAAAUUCGAAUAAUGAGUGUAUUGCUUGUGAUAAAGGAUGUGUAAAUUGUUAUUCAUAGUAGUUUUGUUUAAGUUGCUAAAAAGGAUAUUAUUUAGAAAACAACUUUUGCUUUUAAUGUCUUUCUGGAUGCUAAGAGUGUCAAAAUAUUUAAACUUGUGAUUCCUGUAAGAUCGGAUAUUACUUUGAUUCAAAUACCAAGAUAUGCAAAUCAUGUCCAAUCAAUUGUUAACUGGACUGUUCUUUUUAAAAUGAUUAAAUUACAUGUAACACAUGUUCAAAAUCCUACUAUAAAAACCCUACUACUCUUUAAUGUGAAAAUUGCGAAUCUCCAUGUCUCAAUUGUAAAUAGACUAAAUCUUCAUGUGAUGAUUGCAUCAGUGGUUAUUAUUUGGAUAAUGCUUUAUGUAUUAAAUGCAAUAUUGUGAAUUGUAAGGAAUGUUCUAGUUCCACCAAAUGCAAUAUAUGUAAUGACGGUUAUUUGUUAAAUGAUAGCAAUUUAUGUGUUUUAUAAAAUAGCACUUGUGGUUCCCAUCAAAUAUAAGUGUAGAUCAGUUAAGUUUGCUAAGAAUGCUACUAGAAUUGUUAAUCAUGCUAUGGUACUGAAUAAAAUCAAUGCAAAUAAUGUUACUAAGGAGAUUAUUUAAAUGAAUAGAAUUAAUGUAGGAACUGUAAAUAUCCAUGUAACGAAUGUACAAAUGAACUUGUAUGUACAUCUUGUUAAAAUGGUAUGUAUUUGGAUGGCAGUAACUAAUGUCAUUUCUGCGAUAGUAAUAAAUGUUAAGAAUGUGAUCCUACAACUCUUGUUUGUAAAUAAUGCUUUGAUGGUUAUUAUCUAAAAAAUUCUAUAUGUCAAUCUUGUUAACCUAAUUGUAGAAGUUGUUAGUCAGAUGUUUAAUGUCUUACUUGUUUUGAGGGAUAAUAUCUUAAUGAAAGUUCUACUUGCAUCAAAUGCAUCGAUGAUAAUUGUAGUUACUGUCCUAACUCAGGUGUUUGUCUUUAAUGCAAGUCGGCUUAUCUCAUAGACGCAAAUUAGAAGUGUUAUCUGAAAGUCAGCCCAAUACAGUAUUGUUUUAAGAGUUUCAAUGAGAUUGAAUGCGAUGUCUGUUCUUAAGGUUCAUACUUAGAUACUGAAAAAAAAUGUAGUUUAUGUAAUGACAAUUGUAGAACUUGUUCAGAUAAUUCAACUUAAUGUUUAUCUUGUAAUUUAAAAUUUUAUGUAUCUCCAGAAAGAAAAUGUGAAGUUUGCACAGCAGGUUGUUUAGAAUGCAAAGACAAAGCAGAUUUUUGUUAAUCAUGCGAUUCUGGGUAUAUAUUGAUUUAAAGUGAUUAACUUUGUUAAAAAUGUGUUGAAAAAUGUAAAACCUGUAUAGAUAAAAACGAUAAAUGCACGUCUUGUAAGGCUUUGUAUUAUUAUCAAAAUAAUGACUGCAUCUCAUGUCCUAAUGGAUGUUUUACAUGUGACUCAUCCACUAAAUGCACAAGUUGUAUACCCAAAUACUUUUAAAAAGAUGUAUCAUGUUUAUAAUGUCCUUAAUAAUGCAAAGAAUGCACUUCCUAUGCUAUUUGUACUGUCUGCAUAUAAAAUUUUUAUUUAGACGGAUAUUAGUGUAAACCAUGUCCUUUUAAAUGCAAAGAUACUUGCUAUAAAGAUGGUUCCUCUCUACGUUGUGAUAAUUGCAAUAUUGGCUAUUUUUCAAAGGAUAAUGAUUGCUUGAAAUGUAAAGCUCCUUGCGAAACUUGUUAAUCUAAAGAAGAUGAAUGCACAUCUUGUAUCGGAGGAUAUUUUUUGGCAAUAAAUAAAGAAUGCCCAAAAUGUAGAACUGAACACUGUAGAUUAUGUUAGAGUCUCACAGGUCAAUGUCUGAAGUGUGAUUAUGGUUAUAUUAUGACUGAUGUAGAAGUCUGUUCAAUAUGUACCACAUGUACAUGUGAUGAAAAUAAGUAUUAUAAUUGGGAUAACGGAGGUUGUUUUGAAUGUGAUAGUUCUUGUUAAAAGUGCUACAUUUCCCCAACUUAAUGUACAACCUGUAAAGUCAACUAAUAUUUGGACCCCACAGAUAAUACAUGUAAUGUUUGUGUAAAUCAAUGUAAGACAUGCAAAAGCGCUACUUAGUGUUCUUCCUGUGAGAAUGGCUAUUAUUUAUCAAGUGAUAUGUAAUGUUUACUCUGUUAAUCACCAUGUGUCAAUUGUUUAGACAAUUAUAAAUGUCUUAAUUGUGUAAAUGGUUAUUAUUUAAAUGAUACUACAUGUGUCUAAUGCAAUUCAAAAUGUGAACUAUGUUCUUCUGAAGCUCAAUGUUCAAAGUGUGUUCAAGAUGGUCGAACUUAUUUUGAUAAUAUAUCUAAAUGUAAGAACUGCGAAUCCCCGUGUUAAGAAUGUUAUAAUGCAGGAUGUGUGAAAUGUCCAUCCAUGUAUUACAUAUCAGAAUAACAAUGUAUUCGAUGUUCUGAUAACUGCUUAUAAUGUUCAAGUUCUGAAUGUCUAUAAUGUGCUAAUGGCUAUUAUAUAAAUGGGUAAACUUGUGAAUAAUGUUCUGAGAAUUGUUUAUCAUGUACUUCUACUGAGUGUACAAAAUGCAAGAAAUGCAUGGAUAAUUGUAACGUGUGUGAUUCAACAACCAGUUGUAUCACCUGCCAAACUGGAUAUUACUUUGAUUAAUCACUUCUGAUCUGUUAAAAAUGCAAUGAAAACUGCCUUUCUUGCAAUGCUGCUAGUUGUUUGAAAUGUGUUGAAGGUUAUUAUUCUGCUAGUACUAAUUGUAUUAAAUGCUAAGAUAAUUGUUUAUCUUGUACUUCCACUAAAUGUAAUUAGUGUGUUGUUCCUUAUUAAAUUAAUCAGCAAUUUUGUAUAUUAUGUAAAUAAGGAUGUAAAACAUGUUCAGAUUAAGAAUGCUACAUCUGCGAUGACAAAUACUAUUUGGAUUCAAAAACAAAAUAAUGUGUCAAUUGUAAUCCUAACUGCUUAAGUUGCACUAUUACCGAUUGUCUAUCAUGCAAUAAUGGAUAUUAUCCAAAAGGUUAAACUUGUGUCCAUUGUGAUGCAAAUUGUGUAUCUUGCAACGAAUAAGGAUGUCUUGAAUGCAAUAGCUCUUUUUAUCUUGAUCAAGGGAAAUGCUUCAAGUGCCAAGACAAUUGUAAAUAGUGCACUAUCGAUUCUUGUCUAGAAUGUGGAACAGGAUAUUAUCUUAAUGGAACCAAAUGUGAAUAAUGUAAUGUGCCAUGUAUUGAAUGUACAAGUUAAACGGUUUGUUUAAAAUGCUCAAAAGGGUCUUAUUUAGAUUAGAAUAAAUGUGUAAAUUGUGAAUCAAAUUGUGAUUCUUGUACCUAAGAGGGAUGUAGCUCAUGUGUUGCUGCUUAUCGAUUAAAUGAGAAGGACAAAUCUUGUGUUUCAUGCUCUGUUAAGAAUUGUUCGACUUGUCCUCAAGAUAAAUGUUCUCUUUGCCAAACAGGGUACUGUUCUGCUGAUUCUGAAUGUUAAAAAUGUCCUAGUUCAUGUAAACUCUGUACAGAAAAUGCCUACGUUAAAUGCUCAGAAUGUAAUCAAUUAAAUCUUGGAUGCUUAAGUGGAUAGUAUUUAGAUAAGACAACUUCAAUAUGCUAAUUUUGCUAAAUUAACAAUUGUCUAGAGUGCUCCUCAGAAUCUACAUGUUUAUCCUGCCAAUACGGAUAUAGUUUGUCAGAUGCUUAGGAUUAAUGCAUUAAAAAUGAGUCAUCAUUGAAUACUGAUGUUAUUGCUGGAGUUAUUGGAGGAGGUGCGAUAGCCUUAUUUAUAGCAAUUGCAGCAUAAAAAUUCUCUAUGAUUCAUAUUACUACCAAAUUAUUCAAGAGCGCCUCUAUUUAGUUUGAGACAAAAUUAGGUUCAACUGGAGCUGCUCCAUCCAAUUGGGAAUAAAUACCUAAUAUGACUUCAGAUUAAUUGGACAAAAUAUUAAAAGAUUAAUCUUUUUAAAUGUUAUGA